AUGCAAACGGCUGAUCUUGAGCUACAAAACAAGAGUUACAAUACCACGUUAUAUUUGGUAGCUGCAGCAGGAAACAUUAAAGCUGUCAAAAUUAUGGUGGAAAAGAACAAGGCCUUGCUAACAAUCGCCGGUGGUAACAGAAAGAUGAUGCCCUUGUACGUCGCAACCUUGUAUGGAAACGAGGACGUCGUGAAAUACAUGUACAAUCAUUCAAAUAAUUUGCGUGAUGGUGGUUGGAUGCCUCUGAAUCGUCGGUGGCUGCUUUUGAAAUGCGUGGAGAAUGAUAUGUUUGAAUCUAUGGAAAAGAAAGAUAACGCAAUGAAGUUGCUAAGACUGAUUUGGGGAUAUAUUGCGAAAAAACCUAAUAAAGAGAUUGAUGAUAUACUGCGCGAAUUUGGCAAUCGUGAAUUUGUUGUUGAGCUCAUCCGGCUAUACCCGGAUCUCAUAUGGAAAGUAGAUGACAACAACCAAAGCAUAUUUCAUGUUGUUGUGGCACAUCGUCACGAAGGUAUCUACAACCUUCUAUAUGAUAUAGGCUCCAUGAAAGAUUUGAUCUCCCCUCUCAGAGACCGGAAUGAUAAUAAUAUGUUGCAUUUAGUUGGAAAGUGUGCAAAGCAAAAGCAACUUGAGGAUGUGUCAGGAGUUGCUUUAAAAGUGCAGCGAGAGUUACUAUGGUUUAAGAUGAAAGCUAUUACGGAUAGAGAUGGAAAAAAAAUUACCUGGUUUGGGCCUAUGCACCUGUUUCUAACCCGAGCUGAACCUGGUUUGGCCCAAAACGAUUCCAACCCGCCAGUUUGGAUAUCGCUUUGUAUUCUCGUCCUUGCAAUUGAUUUAUGA